CAUAGCCACCGCCGCCGAGGCGUACGAACACAACGAAUGAUACCCCUCAGGAUCUAGCGCCUCCCCUCUUCACGGGGGCAACCAAGGAAAACAAUAGCAAGGAAUUCUAUAAUUUUGUCAAUGCAACUGGUGAAACCAACUGAGCUAUAACGCCAUUCGAUGAGCCAAAAAUGUUCCGGCAUCAAUGACUUGCUUCGCCCCAAGUAGCCACAGCGUCAUGAAAGGUUUACAUCAAAUUCUCGUGGAAGUGAAACCCGAACUCAGACCUCUGCCUGGCGUAGCUCUGCUGUCAAAUGUGUACGGCAGGAAAACGCCUCCUGCAGAUCGGUAUUCGUAUGGAAUAGACUGUGAUGAAGUUUUUCCAGGGAUAUUUGUCGGAGACGAAGGUGCAGCAAGAAACAAGGAUUACCUUCGAGGCCUCGGCGUUACCCACGUGUUAAAUACGGCAGAGGGUUACCAGUUCGGCCAAGUGGAUACCACCAAAGAGUUCUAUGCUAGUCAUCACAUCGAGUACCUUGGGUUACGUCUCAUUGAUAUGCCCCAAGAAGACAUAUCAGCUCAUUUUGACAAGUCUGCAGAAUUCAUAGAGUCCUGCUUAGAAAGAAAGGGUAAAGUGUUGGUCCACUGCCGUAUGGGCAUGUCUCGAUCUGCAACCAUCACCAUUGCUUACCUCAUGAUCAAGAAGGGCAUGACAGUGGACGAUGCCUUACGCACACUUCGUAUGCACCGCGCCGUACGGCCCAAUAAUGGCUUUCUCCUCCAGCUCAUCCAACUGGACACAAAACUAAGGCACUUUGAUGUUUAGAAGCGCAUUUGGCAGACCAUGUGCUUUUUGGACCGUGUCUUGGACACUCCGUGUGCCUCCACAUCAGCCCUUUCUCCUGCCUGCAAAAGCUGCACUCCCAAUAGUUUGUUGUACUGAAUGUUCAUUGCUAUAUAUAUGCACAGUUUAUUCAGAAUGUCCCAGGACUAAUAUGCAGCUAAAAAUCGAAUUUUACAUGUAGUCAAAAUUUGAUCUUUUAGUCUGAGACAUAUUCCUCUCUAGACACGUCUGGCACUGCUGCUGGAAAGCUCUGGAAGGGCCCUCUUUUGGAAUUCUGUGUAGGGCCAUCACUGCUGCAUUCUGAAUAGACUCCACACUCUCAAAACAAAUUCCCUUGAGUGCCCUUCCUUUGUAGCCUGAGAAGUAGCAAAACGCUAAGCAGGAACAGAUCAGGCGAGUAUGUCUGUGUGUGUGCAAAAACCACUCUUCUGACCAGUACAAAUUAGGUCUGACUCUGCAGAUUCACUGCAAAAGGCAGUCCAUUAAGUUGCAGUAGAUUGAUAGUAAGUAAAUUAAAUGUCGAAGAUCGGAAAGUCACAAGCUACACAUUCCUUGCUGAUGCAAGAAAUAUGGCGGGCACAAGAGGUGGUGUGUGUAUGCGGUGACAUGAUGCCAGUAGUUCAUGAGGCCCAAUAUUUACCCCAGAUUCAAAUCAGCAAAAACAGGGUUUAACCUGAUAUUUCCCAUAAAACUGCUGGACCAGGGUGAUCCGAAGUCAUCAUAACUAACACAGAACUUUGGAAACUGUGUUGUAAAUGCAUAAAUAUAUGUAUUUGAAAUACAAGUUAAUGUCUAUCCAGAAA